AUGCGCUGUCUGCCGGCAGCUCUGCUGGGCAGCUUCCCGUGGGCCUGCAGCCAGAGCGCGGACCUCUAUAACCAGUCUGCCUCUUUCCAGGGUGGUCAGUCUACGCCCAUUCAGGUCCUCUCAGCUGAAAAACAGGCCGAAGACCUCACCAAAAACCUUGUCGGAGAUCUGGUUGGAGACCAAGUCGAUGGCCAGGUCCGUGGCCAGGUCCCUUCAGACGAUCCGUGGGGCCAGCGAUUCGUCUACAGGGACUUCAUAGAGUGGCCUAUAUUCCGGCGCGAGGCGGUGCACCUCGGUGACUCUGAAAAGAUUCCCUCUAAAGAGUCCGCCAGCGCGACGGCUGACCUGUCGUUGGAGGAGGAGGCCAAUGCCGUGGAACCGAGUGGGGACGCUCAGCGGGUUGACACGGGGCUGUUAGGUGAUUGGACCACAGUGGAGAUUAACCUCAAGGACAUUCGUUCUAUAAAAAGAGGGCUGCACGAAUUACUUGACUCACUCCAGGACGUGACGGAAAAAUUUCUGCUGGGUAUGAACGGGCCUAUCAGACAGCUGAACAGCAACUUGGAGCAACUGGGACUGGCUUCUUCGCUGCCCCCUCGACUGACUGUAGACCUCGGCCGAGGCUCGAGGACGAUUUUCAACGGGGCUGGUCUGCUCAGCAACACCGGCACCUUCAACGGCCCCGUCUUCAACGGCUUCGUCAAAAUACCAGAGCCUUACGCAUCCCGAACAUGGUUCUCAUUAGCCAUCGACAGUCCCCUCAUGGGCCCCCUCAAUCCAGCAACCUGGACAAUGGAGCAGUGGCACCACAUGCUUGGACAACAAGUGGUUGACCUUACCCGCCCGACUGUUGUUGAACUGCCCCACAUACUUAGACUAUAUCCGUUGGGCUUCAGAGCCCCCCCAAUAGAACUACUAACUUAA